AUGAAAUCGUAUACAUUAGAGAAAAAAAGUGAAGUGGCAAAAGAAAAUAAUUAUGAGAAAAAAAAAGGCGAAGAUAAUAAUAUUAAAAAAAACGAAGCAACCGAUAAUACAAUUUUUUUAAAAAAAAAUAGUUCAAAAAAUGAAGAAAAUAUUAGAAAAAGUAUUUCAGAUGAUUUUUACACAAAUUUGAAAAAAAAAAAAAAAAUUAACGGUGAUUCAAUAGAAGAUAAUUUAAAAAAAAUUUUUGAUAAAUCAGAAAAUAUAUGUCAAAUAAAAAAUAAUUUAAAUGAUUUAAAUAAUGAAAAUAUGAAUAUAUAUAAUAGCGAUAAUAAAAAAAAAAAUAUUCUUAUUGGGCACGCAGUAUUUUUUACUCCCAAAAAAAAUUUGGUAAAUUCAAGCAAUGAGAAAAAAGAAAUUGAAAACAAAAUAUUACAAAAUGUAAUUGAUGAGAACAUUUUAAAUAAUAAUUUAAAUAACCAUUUAUUAAAUAACUAUAAAUGGUAUAAUAAUAAUGAUCAGAAAAAAAAUGAUAUAUUUAAUAACACAACUAUAAAAAAUAAAGAUGUAUUAUCAAAUAUCAAUAACACUUCUAAUAUUAAUAAUACUUAUAAAACAAGCAAUAAUAAUAUUAACAUGAAUAAUAAUAAUAAUAAUUUUAAUUAUAACAUAAAUAAUAGUAGUAAUAAUAAUAAUUUUUGUAUAAAUGAUAAAACUUUCAAUAUAAAUAGUAGUUUAACUUUUAAAACACAAAGUGUAAACACAUCAAACUUAAACAACAUAAAUUUUUUACCAAAUAAUGGAAAUAACCAUAUAAAUAAUGAAAAUAAAUUAGAAUAUUUAAACAUUUCUCAAUAUUCUUCCGAAAAAAAAAAAGAUAUAGUUUAUUUAUUUCAAGAAUUACUGAGCUACUGUGAAUGCUUAAAAAGAAGUAGAAAAAAAAGUACUGAAGAAAUUAAUAAAAUAAGAAUUAGUUAUAAUAAAGUUUCAGAUUUAUUAAAAGAAACACUGAAAAGAGAAAAGAAUAGUCAUAUAAAAAUAGAAGAAUUAAGGAAUAUUAUAAUUAAUUAUAACCAAAAGUUUGAUCAAGUUAAAAACAGCUCUGAAGGAACAAUAACAAAUUUAAAUAAAAAUGUUCAAACUUUAAUUGAUCUAAAUAAUAACCUGGAGAUGGAAAUGAAUAAAAUUGUUAAUGAAAAUCAGCAACUAAGAAAAAUAGCUCAAAAUGAAUUUGCUCUUACUAAAGAAAUUAAUGAUUUAAGAAAACAAAUAGAAAACUUAAAUAAUGAAAAAAUUUCUUUGUUAAAUCAAAUUGAUAGCUUAAGAUUAGAAAAUUCCAAAAUUGAAAAUGAAAAAAACGUUUUAUUAAGUGAUAAAACAUUACUUCAUUGUAAAAUUGAUGAAUUAGAAAAUGGACUAAAAAAUAAAAAUAACAUUUUUAAAGAAAAGGAAAUAUUAGAAAAAGAAAGUAAUCCUUUUAUUAUUAAUUCAGAUGAAGAAAUAAAUGAACAACUUAAUAAUUAUUUAAACUUAGAUCAUGAUCAAAGAACGGAACUUUUUAAAAAUUUUUUGUAUCACUGGAGAGAAACAAACAAAGCAGGACAAAAAUUUUAUGAACAGUCAUAUAUUAUAAAUCAAAAAAAUUAA